AUGAACCGAGUCCCAGACCUGGUACUAUCCACGGUCCCUUCACGACUAGGGAGAAAUGUCGCGGGUCAAGCAUCACGGCCGAGUUGGCUUAAGUCACGCCUGCUUUCAGUCACUGUGCUGCCUGUCGCUCUGCUGCCGCUGCUGCUUGUGAUGAUUCUCCCCCUCUGCGCCUCCUCGGCUUCCGCCGAACCUGUUCGGGGCGGGCUGCUGCAGAGGGUUGGACACGAGGCAGCAGCGGAUAGGGGAACUGUGCGUGGGGGAUCGGUGGAAGAGGGUAGAGCAGGGGGAGAGAGACGUGGGCUUCAGCAAGAGCCUGGGGGUAACAGCACUGGGAGCAACAGCGGCGGUGGCAUCAGUGGCACUGGUAAUGCAACAGUUUCCCCCCAAAUCGUCCCCCCAGGCAGUGGCAAUGAAACUACUGCUGGUAAUGCCACUGCUAUCGGUAACUUCACGGGAAGCGGUAACUUCACCGGGGCAGCUGGCAAUGGCACGGAGGGGGGUGCGGUGCGGUACUUCACGGUGGGGCAGGAGGCGUUCGUGUGGGGGUCUCCUCUCGUCACCUUCUUCCGCCAGCAGGCCACCCGUGCUGCCCUUAACGCCUUCUCCUACGCCAACACCACCGCUGUUGUCGGCACCACCAGUGAGUUGCUCUCUCCUUUAGAUGCGUCUGUUUCCUUCGCCAACAUCACCGCUGUCGUUGGCACCACAAGUGAGCCAUGCAUGCUUCUGUGUCCUUCAAAUGAUGCGGAGGAUGACGCACACCCCUCUCAACGUUACAACCCCCCUCUCUCUUCCCGCUCUUCCCCCCUUCAAACCACCCAGCGGUGGCUCUCCCCAAUGUGGACACGGUGUAUGGAGGAGGCUGAAGCACUUCCCCAUCCUCCUCUCCUUGCUCCGUUCCCCCUUCCCCCGCACCAACCCACCCAGCGGUGGCUCUCCCCAAUGUGGACACGGUCGGUGGCUCUCCCCAAUGUGGAUACGGUGUAUGGCGGAGCCUUCCUCUACCUGCGAGAUCAGCCCAUGGUGUUCAAAACGCCUAACAUGGGCCAGAGCCGCUACUACAGCAUCGGGUUCUUCCAAACCUAUGGUCCGGCGUUCAGUGUGAACGGCAGCCGAGCGAAUGGGCCAGGCCCCAACACGUUCACUCUAGUCGGGCCCAACUGGGCUGGAGAGCUCCCACCUGACCUCGCACCCACCGUCAUACAGUCUCCUACGGACGAUGUUCUCCUGCUGAUGCGAGUGGUCGUGUCAGAGAACGUGUUCAACGACCUUGCUGCAGUGCUUCACCUCUCUGCUUUGUUGCUCUCCUUUCCCUUCCCCUCCUUACCACAGUCACCCACCAACGACGCGCUCCUGCUGAUGCGAGUGGUCGUGUCAGAGAACGUGUCCAACGACCUGGCUACAGUGCUCGACCUCUACAGUCAAGUCUCGCUACAGUCACUCUCAGAGGCACUAGGCGGGCCUGCAGUUGCUCCCCUCCCCAAUCCGCCCCUCCCAAGCUCCAACCUCUCCGAGGCCCUCCAGCGCAUGACUCUCAUUGGGGAGGGCCUUCAGCGGGACCCACCUGUCAACAACAGCGCCAACAACCGCGUCGUUCGCAUGGUGAGAUGGGCGGUUCAUGCACUCGCGUCCAUCAACGUCACCCAGCAGUACGGCUUCGACCCCUACAGCGUGACACAGCAGCAGGCAGCAGCACUGGAGGCAGCGAGGCAGACAACCGACACGCUCAUAAGGGCAGCAAACGUUGUCAUUCAGAUCAACGACUCGCUCAUUCAAGGCGAAAACUUCUGGGCGGCGUCUACCACUCUCCUGGGCCAUGACUUCAACACGGAGUUCCUCUACCGAGCAACCCUCACAGCACCGGGCGGCAUUGGUGGGCUGCCGCCCACAGAGGUGGUCUACUUCCUCACCUUCCUUGCUGAGGUUACCCCGUCUGUGGCAGCCCUACAGCCUUCUGCUACAAAUGCAUCCAACACUACCGCUCGUCCCACCACUCCUCCCUCCAUGCCACCUUCCUUUGCUGCCAAUGCCACAGCCUCUCCCAACGCCACCACUCCUCCCGGAAUCCCUGUGAGUCCCCCCUCCCCGCCAAGCAACAUCACAGCAGCAAGCAACACCACCGUUCCUCCCAUCAACCCCAUUGACCCCCCCAUCAGUACCACAUCCCACAGCAGUAGCACAGGAAACAACAUCCACGCUGAAAACACCACCACCACAGAUAGCAGCGACACCACAGCUACCACCAACACCACUGGAACCCAGCCUUCUCCCCAGCCUCCCAGUCUCCUCUCCCUGGCUGCCAACUCCACGACCUCCAUGCAACCUCAGCUUCCCUCCAUCUUCCCCUCCUCCCUGCCCUCUCCGCGUCGCCCCUUCACGCCUCUCCAAGGCUCCCGCUGCUUUCGCCUGCGCCUCACCCCUCCUCCCGUCGACUCCUUUUGGUCUGUCACUGUUUACAACGCCUCUAAUCUCAACCUUCUGGAAGGAGUCACUAAGUUUGGCGUGGGGGACCGCACACCGGGACUGCUGUACAAUCCUGAUGGCACUGUCACCAUCUACAUUCAAUCGACUUCGCCCGGCCAAUCGCUUGAAGCCAACUGGAUCCCUACUGUUAACUCGACCAAUAGUGCGGCGGUGGUGAGGGCUUAUGGCCCCGCUCCCCAGAUACUCAAUGGAACAUAUGAACCAGAAGCGAUUCAGCUCAGCCCUACAUGCGAGGCCUUGUAA